AUGGCUCAUGAACGGUUUCGGGAAGCUAUGGAGGAGAGUGGUCUGACUAAUUUCAAAUUCGAUGGCCACCAGUUUACUUGGGAGAAAUCUCGGGGGAAACCGGGAUGGAUUCAAGCAAAGUUGGAUAGAAUUUUGGUCUUGGACGCUUGGAGGGAUCUGUUUCAAGGAGCGACAACGUCUUCCAUCAUAACUUCGCGUAGUGACCACAUGCCUCUAUUCAUCCAGACGGAGAGUCAAGUGUUUAGCCAGUGCAGGAGGCGGUUUAAAUUUGAAAAUCUGUGGCUGAAGGAAGGACAGUGUAGAGAUGUGGUGAUUCAAAGCUGGAAUUCCACCCGAGGUCUGAAAUUGCUAGAGCGGUUCGAAAUCUGUGGUAAAUCUGUCUGGUGA